GGGUGGGCCGAGCGGAGGGAGGGCCGAUGCCGCCUCUGGCUCUUCCCGGUCGCGGGUUAUAUAGCGCGGAGCGUGGAUCCCGCUCAGAGGCGGUCGGGAGCGCUCCGACUUGCGAGUGGCAUUUCGCUGCGGAGCCCGGUGCCGGAGUGACAGCCUCGGCGCGUGCAGGGGCCCCGAGACCGCGGAGCAGCUGCCAGCGGCCGGGCAGCGCUCGCCGGCGCCGGGCGAGUCGCCCCUUCCCGGCUCUCCCGCUGCCCCGCACCCCACGCUGCCACCCGCUCGCAACUUGGGUCAAGUUGACAAGUCCCGCGGCGGCCCGCCGGCCCGAGCCGUCUCCGCCGCGCGCCCCUCCCCCGGGGUGAGAGGGAGCCGCCGCGCCGGCUCCGGGGACGCUCGGGCGGCGGCGGCUUGGCCAUGAGGGCAGCGCGCGCCGCCUAACUCGCGGCUGUCACCGCCGCUGCAGCGGGACCGGCCGGCCAGGCGGGCGCUCCGGGGCCAGGCGGGCGGGCGGCCGCCGGCAGGAGGCGCCGAGCCGGGCAGCCGCCGCAUCGGGCACCGCUUGGGCCCCCGCGCCGAGCCUGGGCGGGAGUGGCCCCGCGCACCCCAGCCCGGCGGGCACCUCGGACAAACGCCUUCUAGUCCCGGCCGCUCGGACAAACGCCCCGGGGCGGGGAGCCCGGCUGCCGCCGGCGCGGGGUGGGCGCGGGCGCGGGGCUCGUGCGGGCCCCCGGGCGUCGCGAUGAACAUCGUGGUGGAGUUCUUCGUGGUCACUUUCAAAGUGCUCUGGGCGUUCGUGCUGGCCGCGGCGCGCUGGCUGGUGCGGCCCAAGGAGAAGAGCGUGGCGGGCCAGGUGUGCCUGAUCACCGGCGCGGGCAGCGGCCUGGGCCGCCUCUUCGCGCUCGAGUUCGCCCGGCGCCGGGCGCUGCUGGUGCUCUGGGACAUCAACACGCAGAGCAACGAGGAGACGGCGGGCAUGGUGCGCCACAUCUACCGCGACCUGGAGGCGGCGGACGCCGCGGCGCUGCAAGCUGGGAAUGGCGAGGAAGAAAUCCUGCCCCACUGUAACCUGCAGGUGUUUACCUACACCUGCGAUGUGGGAAAGAGGGAGAAUGUCUACCUGACGGCGGAAAGGGUCCGCAAGGAGGUUGGCGAGGUCUCGGUCCUGGUCAAUAACGCCGGCGUGGUCUCUGGGCACCACCUCCUGGAAUGUCCUGAUGAGCUCAUUGAGAGAACCAUGAUGGUCAAUUGCCACGCACACUUCUGGACCACGAAGGCUUUUCUUCCCACGAUGCUGGAGAUCAAUCACGGUCAUAUCGUGACAGUCGCGAGUUCCUUGGGGCUGUUCAGUACCGCCGGAGUCGAGGAUUACUGUGCCAGUAAAUUCGGAGUCGUGGGUUUCCACGAAUCCCUGAGCCACGAGUUAAAGGCUGCUGAGAAGGACGGAAUUAAGACAACACUGGUGUGCCCGUACCUGGUAGACACUGGCAUGUUCCGAGGCUGCCGGAUCAGGAAGGAGAUCGAGCCGUUCCUGCCCCCUCUGAAGCCCGACUACUGUGUGCAGCAGGCCAUGCGGGCCAUCCUCACCGACCAGCCCAUGGUCUGCACGCCCCGCCUCAUGUACAUCGUGACCUUCAUGAAGAGCAUCCUCCCUUUCGAAGCGGUCGUGUGCAUGUAUCGAUUCCUCGGAGCAGACAAGUGUAUGUACCCCUUUAUCGCUCAGAGAAAACAAGCCACAAACAAUAAUGAGGCGAAAAAUGGCAUCUGAGGAUCUUUUCUGGGUGGAGCGCCGUUUCCCUCGGAAGACGAGCAAGAUGUUUCCGUUCACCACAUCAAGUAACGGACAUUCUCGGGAUUCUGAAUUCGAGUGGACUUUUUUUUUUUAUUAAUCAACUUUUUAAAAAAUAAAGUGUAAAUUAACCGACUAGAGUACUUGGAAAAACGCGAUCAGCAAAAGUGAGGUCGAGUGUUGCCAGUGGGGUCCCUUUUAGGCAGAACCCUAAAACCAGUCAGUUCUUUCAGACAAGCACUGUGUGGCGUCUCCAGGCUCCCGUGACUUUUUUUAAUGAGCAGAAAGUCUAGAGAUGAUAACUACAGUGUGUAUCAUGUGUGUGGUUUUUCUUAAUUCCCAUAGCGUUCAUUAAUUCUUGUCGUUAAACUCUAGUCAGUUGACUCCCUUGCAACUCCAAGGACCGAUAGUGCGAUGUUUUCUCCCGUUUCCUCAGUUUCCGUUUUGCACAGCCUGUGCAGCCUCUCGUGGUGUUUAUAUAGCUCUUCUAAAAAGGAAUUUUGAAAUGUCCAUCAGUUUGAAUCAAGUGAUGUUUGAUUGUUUCGGUAAGAUAAUCGGGUCUCUUUCUUAAGGUCACAACGACUAAAGUGUUAGCUGAAUUUUUAAACUUUCUCUCUGAAACCUUUCCUGAAGUACCUAUCACUGGGGACCGAAUUAUCCCAAAAAGAUCAUGCAUUUCCUACCUAUGAAUUCUGCUGCAUACAGAACGUGCCCUUUCCUCAGGAAGUUGCUGUUUCCUUUCUUUGGGUGGACUUUUAUCUAGAACACAUAGCAGAUCAGCAAAGAGAACGUUUCUAAAAAUGGGGACUUCUAAAUUUUAAAAAAAUCCCCAUUUUUGUGCCAACUAUGAUGGGGGGGGGGGAUCUUACACUAUGGAGUACAUAUGGAAGGCUGUAAAGAUUCUUUUGAAAUUUUUAUUCACCUUGUACAACAGCAAAUGACAUUUUUACAGUAUUUUUUUGUAAAGCAAACUAUUUUGUGCCUUGAAUUUGGUAAAUGUGUAUUAGUGAGACGUUGUAAAAGUGAACUUCUACCUCUGUAUCUAAAUGUAUACCAUCCACUUGUAAAUGACUAUAAACUAUUAUGUGAUUGCCUUUUUUUUUUUUUUUUAGAAUGUCUUGUUUAAAUAGCAACCAAUGUUUAAGGCUAUUAAAAUAAGCCAUCUUUUACUAAUUAAUUGGGAAGUUUUAUAAAGGACUGAUUAAAUUUAAAGAAUUAACUUACAUACAA